ACGGUUAAACUCAUCAAAUUAAAAUAUAACAUUUAACCUUACAAAUCUCAAUCUCACUUGCAAGUUUCAACCACAAUAAUGGGAGAGAGAAAUGCUUUGAAGCUUAUGGUAUCUAAAAAUAUUUGUGUACUCCUUUUAAUGACUUUGCUCUUCAGUGAAGAUAGAGAUGAUGACUAAAAGUGAUCACUUUUUCUUUUAAAGACUUUUCUUUUCUUCUUCCCAUUUUCUCUCUUACAUUCCUCAUUAACCCCAAACUAUCAUUACUAUACAAAACCCCCCUCAAACAUAAACUCUGUUAUUUUUCAAAGUCCCCACCAAAAAAAAAUCAUGGGAUCUGAGUCAGAGCAAGAGUUAAACUCAAUACCAAAGCUACCCCUUUUUUCAGUUCCUCCAGCGCCGUCACCGGAGCACCCGGGAAUGCUAACACCGCCACACCAGACACCACUUUCUGUUCCUUUCAGGUGGGAAGAGGAGCCCGGUAAGCCAAGGCCUUGUAUGGCCUUAGCUACGCUCUCAAAUCUGAGUGAGUUAGCGCCAAAGUGCUUAGAACUCCCACCAAGGCUGUUGUUGGAGACCAAACUGGCUUCACCCACUACAGUCCUGGAUGGUCCUUAUGGUCGGCCAAGGUUUCAGUCGUCGUCGUUUAGGUUGAGCGGUGAGAGUAGUUAUGGAGGUUCGUUUGGUACAGAGAAAGGGUCACUUGGGGCAAUGAUCCUUAGUAGUAGGAGAGGGUUUAAGGUCAGAGGUUGGCUUGGUUCAUGGCGAAAGAGAGUUUUUUUGAAGAGUAGAGAGGUUUCCAAUUCCAAGGGCAGUUAUGUCUUUCCAUCUUCUUCUGUGGAUAGGGAGAGUGAGUAUGUUGGAGAGAGAACAGAGGUGAAGAUGACUAGGGUUAGAAGGGGUGGAAGCUUUUCAAGCCUUGUGUAUCCCAGGUCUCGCUUCUGGGCAUCUGUAUAUGAAGGGUUUAAGCAAGCGGUUCCAUGGAAGACCAAGAAAAAAUGAAGAUAACUUUUCUGACUGUGAGUUAGUCUGAAUAUGAAGCUUGGAACCAAAAUGGUCCUAUAUUUUAAUCAUGCGAUGUGAAGAUGACAAAUAUUAGUACUACAUUAUACGUAACAUAAAAAGCUGUAAUGCUUGUCCUCUUCCCUGUUCUUAUGGUGUACCAACAUUGUGAAGUUUUUAUCAUUGGGUCUAUGCCUUGUAGGCUUGGCUAUUUAUUUGAUAAUGUAAAUUAUUGGACUAAGUCCACUAUAUUUUGUGUAUUUGCUAAUUCAAUUGUCUAUGUCUAGAUAUAGCAAAAUGAAUGAGUGACUUAUUUUGUGAGUUUCUCCUAAA